AUGCGGUCUGCUGGUCUGCUCGCCGGCUUCGCCCUGCUGGGCGCCUCAAGACUUGCUUCGGCGGGCAAGUGUGUCCCUCGUCCCUCCAGCACCACCACGGGUGCCGGUGCCGUAAGCUCGCCGUCAGCAACGACGACAGCGCCUGCUGAGGUCAAGGUCGUUGUGAACGACAUUGCCAACGGGAACUUCGCCGGUUACGAUCCCAACUGGCCGGGCGGCGUCUACGGCUUCAACAGCACCGGGGAUGUCCAGCUCAUUCAAGGCUUCGGAUAUCAGGGGGAUGGCAGCAAGGAGACGGGCUGUGUGCAGAUGACCUCUGGUGUCCAGCGCCGGAGAGGCCGAAGACAAGCGAACACCGACUACAAUGCCAUGAUCGAACAGAAGCUGGAGAACCUCGAUUUGACGACGCAAUACACUGUGCGGUUCUUCUACACCAUCCUCGAGAGCACAGUCGCCGGUUCCUGCCGGUAUGAUGCCUAUUAUGGCGAUGUUCUGUUCAAGUCGACCGACUAUUUUCCUGUUGUGGCGAAGACGAAUCCUGGUAACACGCCGUGGCGGGAGCUUGUGACCUCUGCGGCCGUGACCACGACGGACGGCUACCUCAAGUUUGUCUUGAACUGCGCUUCUGGCGCGUACGCACAGGUCUUCAUCGACCAGGUCUUCGUGUCAAACAAGGUCACUCCUGACGAUGUCGAUAACAUUUCGCUGCUUUACACUUCAAUUGGUAGUGCGACACCCACACCCAGCACUCCACAAAGCUCAACGGUCGUGGUGACAACGACUUCAAGCAGUUCCUCACCUGCUGUGCCUGCUUCCACGGAGCCUUCCACCAGCAGCUCUUCGUCAACCGUCGCAUCGUCCACAACGGUGCCUCCCACAUCUACCAGAUCCUCCCUGCCAUCUGGCGUCUCCUCAAAUAGCCCGGCUAUCUGUGUUUCCUUGCUAAACACAAACACAAACGGCAAGAUCUGCAGCAAGCGCAUCUAUACUGUCACAAACCAGUACCGGGUCAUAAAACAGGACGACAUUACAGCAGAGCAGUGCGGUGCAGCUUGUUUUGCUGACCCAGCCUGCCAGUCCUUCGCUUGGAACACCAUGGGCAAGUGCGCCAAUACGUGCACCCUCAGCACAGCGGGCGCUCCCGAUACAAGCUUGAACAGCGGACCGACGUCGCCCUAUGCCUGGGACAGGGCCUGUAUCGUGCCGCAGCAGUGCCCGGUGAAGCCCACCGGCAAUGUCUGUGUGGACCGCGCUCCGGCAAAACAGUGUAACCAGAUCUUGGGCACCCCGAAGUUCUGCGCCACGCCGUUCUACUCGACGCCGAUGGCUGCCCAAUGCGGCAGUUCUGCCUGCCGGGAUCUCUGCAUGCAGUAUCCUUCUUGCAAGUCGUUCGCGGUGGUCUACGGUGCCAACUCCUUCACCUGUAAUCUCUAUGCUGGCUCUUCUGCUCUCGUGGCGACUUCUGGAGGAAGCCAGCUCUUCACGGAUGUCGACUGCUACCAGUGUGACAUCAGCUCAACCUUCUCGUACAGCUACGUCGCAGGCCUAUCGGACCCUGCUGGUAUGCCACCGCUGCAGUGCUCGCCCAACUCGGUCUCCUCGAUCGUACCUUCAAGCACAUCAUCUCCUACGCCCACACCUUCAUCUAGCUCGACUACAUCUACUACACCCACCAGUGCCCCAACACCAACACCCGAGACAUCGACGACCUCGAGUCCCACCAGGACCUUCUCAGGCUGCUACAGUGGCCCCACUGGCACCGUGCUCGGCCAAUGCACUCUUCUCAGUCCAUCGCCUACCGGAUUGACUUGCGCCAAACAAGGGACCACUACCACCCAGAUCAACUACUCUUGGCCCCGAACCAUAUACCUUAUGCAGAACAGCCUGACAGACUGUGCCGUCAUCUGUGCCACAGACCCAGAGUGCAAAUCCUACGCCUUCGAUGUCUCCAACAUAGUCUGCAGGUUCGGGAAGAGCUCGAUCGCAAAGGCAGGGUUCGUGCCCGAUGCCACGGCGAGCAUGUACUGGAGCGAUGCCGCGUGCGCCGACUGUGUUCUCUGCACGUACCCCUCCGGCUCUAGCACUACUUCGACCACAUCUUCCACAUCUUCCACGACGGCGGCGGCAUCGCCGACGUCGACAUGCGCCUUGACGAACGGUCAGGGGUGCACUCUGAAGACAUGGGUGACGGCAGGGAGCAUAUGCCAACAAGUUGGCUCCCUAACCCGGAGCGAGGUGUGGGGUGUUGACAUCAGGACCUACCCAUACCAGGGUAAUCCUGCUCAGUGUGCCGCAGUGUGCGCACAGAUCAGGGGCUGUGCGAGCUCUGCAUAUGAUUCGCGCCGGGGCAUGUGCCAGUUCAUCACCCUGUCGUUGACGGGUGCCGGCUUCAAGGCCGGGUCUGGGUCGGAUUCGGUUACGUGGAGCGACAAGGCUUGCUUCGAUUGUCCUUCAUGUGACCCGUCGAGCAGCACCCCUACCACCAGCGCCCCCAGCUCCGGACACUCUACUGAUCCGGCGACGACCUCGUCGACUUCGACGUCGCUGUUCAUUCCCGGUUACCCAGAGUCUACUGCUACCUCUUCGAGCUCAACAUCCGUCUUCAUCCCCACCUAUCUAGAGACGACCAGCCACUCAACUGCUUCGCAAUCGCCUGAAGUCACUGCUACUCCCAGCUCAUCUGGCCCAUCCACAUCGUCCAGCUCCGCGCCCUCAUCCACCUCCUCGGCGGCCUGUACAGCUGCCACCCCUGCGCUCAGCGACUUGGUCACCUGCGGUAUGCCGGGAUCGAACGGCCAGCAGGCGCAGACGGCGAUUCUUCCCAGCUAUGUGAUCAAGGCUGUGGGCAGCUUGGCUAAUUGUGCGCUUGUGUGCCUGCAGAGGACGGACUGUAAGGGCUUCGCGUACUCCCUUACUGAUACAGCCUGCUAUCCUUUCACCAAGGGCACGGCGGAUCUGGGUUUGACGUACUCGUCGAGCAGCAAACUCAGGUAUUAUGAUUCGGGGUGUUUCUCUUGUUAA